AUGCUUGCCGAUCUCCGAGUCCUUCACGUACCGUCUUCGGACACAAAUGUCGUGCCACCCGUCGUGCUCCAGCUCGGCGCAGAUCGCUACCUCUUCAACGUCGGCGAGGGAACCUCCAGAUCAUCUACCCAACGCAAAGCAAACCUCAGCCGCGUCUCCAACAUCUUCGUCUCGCGCGUAGGAUGGGAGACCAUCGGCGGCCUUCCGGGCGUCCUCAUGUCCAUGGCCGACGGUCAGCGCACCUCCGAAGCGCUCCAUGGCCCUCAAGGUCUGCGCUACGCCCUCGCAACGAUGCGAUCAUACGCAAAGAGAGACAUCAUGAAGCUCAACAUUCACGAAGUCGACGCCACCGCUUCCUCGGAUGGCGCACAUUCGCAUCCCACACUCAGCCCCAUCUUCAGCGACGACAACCUCGCCGUCUACGCCGUCCCACUCCAACCCACCACAGCGCAGCACAGGCCAGCAAAGAAGCCCAAGCUUGCCAACGGUCACUCUUCCGCUCAAGCCUCGCCUGCCACCCUCCAAAAGCUCGAACAGCUCUGGCGCAGGCCGGACUUCUACCCAUCCCAGCUUCAACCAGAGGAGGCGCAAGCCUGGAUCCAGCUCGUUUCGGACAGCAUCUUCAACGACUCGCUCCUCCGCAAGCGUCAACAGCAGCAAGAAGUCGGCUCAAAACUCGUCUCUUCCAUCCAAGACGUCGAGAUGGAUGAUGCCACCUCCCAACCACCCGCCACAACCGCCACAUCCAAUCCUUCCCGCACUCCGUCAACUUGGCGCCCACCUCUCUCCCCAGCAUUCGUCAUGCGCCUCCUCCCCAAACCUCACGUCGACUCGCGCAACCUGUCCCAAGAUCGUUUCGACCCAGCCGAGGGCGGUCAAGCGUCCGUGCUUGCAUACAUCUGCCAGGCUCACGAACAGAGAGGCAAGUUCGAUCCUCUCAAGGCCACUCAGCUGGGCGUGCCCCCAGGUCCUUCCUUCGCCGCCCUCACCAGAGGCGAAGACGUCUCCCUCCAGCGUCCCACCUCUUGGCCCACAAUGUCGGCCGACGACAGGCAAAAGUGGAUGCAGCAUCAGAGAGCCGCUUCCCGAAACGCUGCCUCGAAGGGCAAACCAAAGCCAUCCAAACCCAACGCCAAGCCCGACAACAAGGACACGCCAGAGGCCCACCCGGCCGCCUGGAACGACCUCGAAGACGUCCUGGUGCGCUCCACCGACGUCAUGGGAGCCUCGCGCGCUGGCGCCGUCGUCUUUCACAUUUACCUCCCCUCGGCCGCCUACAUCGACGACCUGCUCAGCAACGACGUCGCCACCGCCUUUGCACCCUACACAGCCGAAUCCAACCGUGACGCCGCCCAGGAGCAGUCGCACACUCCGCACGCCAUCGUCCACGCCGUACCCCUCGACGUGCUCAACGACACUCGCUACCAGUCCUGGAUGCAAAGCUUCGGCCCCGACUGCAACCACAUCAUCGCAAAUGCCGACGUAUGCGCCAACAAGCUCAUGUUCCCUUCCAGCGCCACCAUUCCGCUCCGUCUGUCCAAACUCGACGACGUCAUGUUCAAGGUGCCUCAGUACCAGCUGACGCCCCGACAUCCACUGGCAGAGCUCUCCACCGCCUUGAAUCUCAAGCUCGCGGCGGCCGAGGCGGACCAGGUCAUCCAGCUGCAUCCGCGUGGCCAGCCUCGAAUCUACGCCUCGGGCGCUCCGGACUUUGAUUUCCAGCUCGACUCGCAAGAGGCAGAAAACUUCGCCGCUUUCCGAGUCGAGACCGUCGAGGAGGACGACAAGCAGCUUCAACAACUCGCCAAAGCAAAGGCGAAAAACACCGCCAACGCCAAGUCCAAACCGCAGGGCCACUCGGACAACGCCGCUAAUAGCGAGGAUGGCGCAGCUCGCAGCGUGCGUCUUCGAGAGGCACGCAAGACUGCAUGGCAAGAGUACCUCGAUGUAAUCAAGACCAUCAAGGCGGCAAACCAAAACGGCUCGAUCAAAGAGCCAGCCACCGCGCCCGACCAAGAUGUGCUGGUCACCACUCUGGGAACGGGCUCUGCAGCACCGAGCAAGUACCGCAACGUCAUCUCGACGCUCCUCCAGACGCCAUCCUCGGGAACUAUCCUGCUCGACGCCGGCGAGUCCACCUAUGGCUUGCUGCGCCGCAAGUUUGGAUGUCGCAGAGACGGCACCGCCGCGCAAAGUGGCUCGUUGAAGGAUCAGGACGUCGACGACAUUCUCCGCGACCUGCGAGUCCUUUUCAUCAGCCACAUCCACGCCGAUCAUCACAUUGGCCUCAUUCGCUUGCUGUUGGAACGCAGGAAGCUGCAGCCAGCCGCGGACAAGCCGCUCUACCUGGUGGCAACUGCAUUCGUGCACAACUACCUCGAGGAGUACGAGCAGAUCGAGCGGCUCGGUCUGGACGAGGAUGUCAUCUUUGUGCUCAACCACCAUCUCGACUACAAGACCGGCGUCGAUCCAAACCCUUCAGCCGCCGCAGAUGCUGCCACGACGGCCGCCAAAGGCUUCGGUCGCGACGCGCGUGCCCGAAGCGAGCACCUCGCACACGUUGAGCGCAUCAAGGAGCUGACUGGUCUCUCGCACAUCCACACUGCACGUGUGGACCACCGUGGCUCGCACUGCUACGGCCUCGUGGUGCGACACGCUACCGAGGGCUGGUCGGUGACCUACUCGGGCGACACGCGACCUGCGCCCGAGCUGAUUGCGGCGGGCCGCGACUGCACGCUGCUCAUCCACGAGGCGACGCUGGAGGACAGCGAGCUGGAGAUGGCCAUCGGCAAGGGCCACUCGACCUUCGGCGAGGCGAUCCGCGUGGGUCACGAGAUGGGCGCGGCCAAGAUUCUGCUCACGCACUUUUCGCAGCGGUAUCCCAAGAUGGCCAGGUCGUCGCUGUUUGCCAUGAGCGACAGCGCACAGGGCAAGCGCGUGCCGAUCGCGCUGGCGUUUGAUAUGGUCACGUAUCCGCUCAGCCAGUUCGAGCGCAUUCAGAGCUACACGCCUGCCAUGGAGGCGCUGUUUGCUGCCGACACCGAGGCAGAGGCCGAGGAGGGGUCAGCCGCGGCCAACGAUGCGGACGGCGACAAGGGCAAGGCGAACGGCAGCUCGAGCGCCAAGGGCGCUGCGGUGGCUGCUUCGGUUAGCGUUGUGGCAGCGACCACUGGCGAGUCGUCGGACGGCAAGACUGGGACGCAAGACGGCCAAGCGUCGCAACAGGCCAAUGCAGUGCAAGCAUGUGACGAGCCAAGCUCCGGCGAAGCGUACGUGCGCAAGGGCCUCAAGCCUACCGAGUGGCGGUACCUGGGGCUUUGCAUUUCGGCGGCGCGCGCGUCGGGGGGAUCGCUAACGACGGUGCUGCCUACGUUGGUGGUGGAGUUGGUGCAGCAAGCGCAGACGGGCGCGAUGGGCGUCACGGGCGGCGCGUACAAUGUGGACGUUCUCUCGACGCAUCCUUCGCCGUGUGAGGAGGAAGCGGCUUGGCAUGCACUGCUGCGAGUCGACGCCCGCCACGCGCAGGACCUCGCCACGUCGCUCACGCUGCUGACUGCACCUGCGAUCAACAACGUUCGACUCAAGCUGCGCGUGGUCGGACCCACAACGACGAUCCAAACCACCAACAGUCUACUCAACUAA